CCGAGAGGGCAGGAGACAUGUUGGGACAGAGGCCUGGAAACCACUGCACUGAAUUCAGUUACUAUAGCAACUACUGUAGUAACCAUGGAAACGCUACGGAGGACUGGUCUGGUCUGCACUGUCAUCGUCAUCAUGGUUGCCAUCGAGGUCGCAGGAGGUCACAGAGAUGAGUUUGCUCAAUCACAAGCUGCCUUCCUGUCCAGUCUAGGCCAGUAUGAGAUUGCCAUCCCAGUACGUGUAGGACCUAAUGGCGAGACGCUGGAUGCCGAAAUGCCUGAACACCACAGAAGAAGACGACGCAGCACUGAAGACAGGCUGCCUGACUCUCUCUUCUACCAGCUGUCCACGUCACGUAACAACUUCCUGCUGAACCUGACACUGCAGGGAGGCCUGCUGUCCCGACAGUUCAGGGUGGAGUACUGGAAGAGGGGUCGAUUAGCAUGGAGUCACCCUUACUCUCCCCACUGCCACUACAUAGGACACCUCCAAGACCAGCCACACUCCAGCAAAGUGGCCCUGAGCAACUGUAACGGCCUGCAGGGGGUGAUUGUUGCAGGGGGAGAGGAGUACCUGAUUGAACCCCUUGUCUCACCAGAUAACCAGACCAGGACAGAAAGGGGGGAGAGAGCAGAGGGGCGCCCCCAUGUGGUUUACAAGCGGUCAUCACUUCGCCAUCAGUACAAGGGCUUAUCCUGUGGAGUCAUUGAUGAAAAGCCGAUGAAGGGUGCGUCAUGGUGGCAGCGGACACUGAAGACGCCUCCCCAUCAUGUUGGCCGUGGCCAGCUACCUCUGAAGCGCUCAGUUAGCCGGGAGCGUUACGUAGAGACGCUGGUAGUGGCCGACAAGAUGAUGGUGGGUUACCAUGGUCGCAGGGACAUCGAGCAGUACAUCCUGGCUGUCAUGAAUAUUGUUGCCAAACUGUUCCAGGAUUCUAGCCUGGGGAAUGCAGUCAACAUUGUGGUGACACGGCUCAUCCUGCUCAUGGAAGACCAACCAACACUAGAGAUCAACCAUCAUGCAGGGAAGUCUUUAGACAGCUUCUGUAAGUGGCAGAAAACCAUCCAACACCGGAGCAGCUAUGGGAACGCCAUACCAGACAAUGGGAUCGCUCACCACGACACUGCUGUGCUUAUCACCAGGUACGACAUCUGCAUCCAAAAAAACAAGCCCUGUGAAACACUAGGUCUGGCUCCUGUAGGAGGGAUGUGUGAGCCAGAGAGAAGCUGCAGCAUCAAUGAGGACAUUGGUCUGGGAACAGCCUUUACUAUCGCCCAUGAGAUAGGACACACGUUUGGCAUGAACCAUGAUGGUAUGGGGAACGCCUGUGGCCCCCGCAGCCAGGAGACCGCCAAGCUGAUGGCUGACCACAUUACCAUGAAGACAAACCCGUUCAUCUGGUCCGCCUGUAGCCGGGAUUACAUCACCAGCUUCCUGGACUCAGGUAUGGGCUCCUGUCUGAACAACGUCCCCCCCAAGCAGGAGUUUGUGUACCCAACCACAGCCCCUGGUCAGGCCUACGAUGCAGAUGAACAGUGUCGCUUCCAGUACGGCGUCAGAUCUCGACAGUGUAAAUAUGCGGAAGUCUGCAGUGAACUUUGGUGCAUGAGUAAGAGCAACCGUUGCAUCACCAGCAGCAUUCCUGCUGCAGAGGGAACCAUCUGUCAGACCAACACGAUAGAGAAAGGUUGGUGCUACAAGAGGGUGUGUGUGGCAUAUGGGACUCGUCCGGAGGGCGUGGAUGGAGGCUGGGGAUUGUGGUCACCCUGGGAGGAGUGCAGCAGGACGUGUGGAGGUGGAGUCUCCUCUUCUGUCAGACACUGUGACAGCCCCAGGCCAACCAUUGGUGGAAAGUAUUGUCUAGGGGAGAGAAAGCGCUUCAGGUCCUGCAAUAUUGAUGAGUGCCCUGCAGGCUCUCGGGAUUUCAGGGAGAUUCAGUGCUCUGACUUUGACAGCGUUCCUUUCCGGGGAAAAUUUUACACCUGGAAGCCAUACAGAGGGGGGGGUGUGAAGCCCUGCUCUCUUAACUGCCUGGCAGAAGGUUACAACUUCUACACAGAGCGUGCUCCAGCUGUUGUGGAUGGCACACCUUGCCGAGAUGACUCCCUGGACGUGUGUGUAAAUGGAGAGUGCAAGCACGUAGGCUGUGAUCGCAUCCUCGGCUCAGACGUUCGUGAGGACCGUUGCCGGAUCUGUGGGGGUGACGGGAGCAGCUGCAUGUCUGUGGAGGGGCUCUUCAACGACUCGCUGCCCGAAGGAGGUUAUGAAGAAGUGGUCAGAAUUCCCAAAGGAUCAGUGUUCAUCCACAUACAAGAGCUCAACAUCUCCCUCAACUACCUUGUGCUGAAGAGUAAAGGUGACCAGUAUUUUAUCAAUGGGAAACUGACCAUUGACACACCGCGCCGGUUUGAUAUCGCCGGCACCACCUUCCACUACAGGCGGCCCACUGAUGGGCCAGAAACUCUUGAAGCUAUGGGGCCAACAAACAUAACCCUUAUUGUCAUGGUGCUGGUGAGGGAGGAGAAUCCAGGGAUCCACUAUCGUUUCAACCCCCCGUUCAACAGAGAUCCUCUGAGCGGCUUUGCCUGGCACCACACCUCCUGGUCACGGUGCUCAGCUCUCUGCGCUGGAGGUGCGCAGAUCCAGCAGGUGGUGUGUAAGAAGCAGGCAGAUCAUUCAGUCGUCUACAACCACUUCUGCGACAAGAAGAACAAACCCAAAGAGAAAAGGAGAUCCUGCAAUACUGAGCCGUGCUCCCCAACCUGGUGGACAGGCGAGUGGUCGGAGUGCAGUCGCAGCUGUAACGGCGGCCUGCGGACUCGGGAGGUUUUAUGUAAAAGGAGGAUCUCUGUGACAGAGGAGAAAGUCCUGGAUGACUCAGCCUGUACCCUCCCACACCCCUCACUCACUGAGCCCUGCAGCAACCACAGCUGCCCCCCUGAAUGGCUGGCCCUGGACUGGUCAGAGUGUACACCCAGUUGCGGACCUGGAUACAGGCACCGUGUGGUCUUGUGUAAGAGUGGGGAAAGUGGUGACACGCUGCCAGAGUCCAAGUGCCCCAAGCAUGGCCGUCCAACCUCCAGAGUGCGCUGUAAUCUGCAGCGCUGCCCUCCCCCUCAGUGGGUGACAGGUCCCUGGGGAGAGUGUUCUGCCAAGUGUGGUCUGGGUCAGGAGAUGCGUUCAGUUCAGUGUCUGACCCACACUGGCCAGCCAUCCAAUGAGUGUCUGGAGCAUCAGAGACCAGCAGCCAUGCAGCAGUGCAAGAGCAAAUGUGACCUCAGUCUGCCCAUCAGUACAGACAACCCCGAAGAGUGUAAAGAUGUGAACACUGUGGCCUACUGCCCCCUGGUGCUCAGGUUCAAGUUCUGCAGCCGGCCAUAUUUCAGACAAAUGUGCUGCAAGACCUGCCAGGGACACUGACACCAUGAAACACACAGCAUCCAUCUUUGGGUCCUGUACACACUCACAUACAGUAAGCCUGAAACCCUCCCACUGAGCCGUGUAACAGCAGCCCUCACGCUACCUCUGUCAGAGGAGUGUGAGAUCUAACUGGGAUGCUGUCAGACUGACCUGGUCCUGUAACUGGUCAGAGGGACCUUUUCCAGCCAGAAUCUAGACCAGACCAGACCAGACGCCUCUCUGGGUCGAGCUGGGCCAAAACAGCCUGAGCUGAGUUUAUACAUUCCACUGGAGGGAGGGCUGCUGAAAC